AUGGUAUUUCAGAUCAUUUUGCUCUUGUGUUCAAUUUAUGCAAUAUCUGAACAAGCAGCGGGUUUAGCAAUUAGUAGUUCAUGUGAAGCAAAAAGCUCAUGUGGGAAUGUUAGAAAUAUCCCAUACCCUUUUGGAAUAGGAGCUGGUUGCUACGUUGAUGACUGGUUUGAAGUAGUUUGCAUGAAUGACUCUUUGGGCUCUCCCAAACCUGUUUUGAAGAGACUCAACCUGGAGGUUCUCAACAUUUCAUUAGAAGACACUUAUAGAUAUUCACGAAGUACAGUUCGCGUCAAUUAUCCGACAUUUUCUAAUUGUACUAAUAGUUCAAGCAGAAAACAAAAUGUAGAGCUAGCAAACAGCUCUUUCAUCUUCUCCUAUUACCAAAACAGAUUCGUCGCCAUGGGUUGCGAUAACACUGCCUCAAUGAGAUUCUCGGAUGAUUCAAUGAUUGGGUGCAGCUCAAGAUGCGAUUCGAGUAAAGUAGUGAGAUAUGAUGAUAGUUGCAAUGGCAUUAGCUGCUGCCAAACCACAAUUACUUCGGGUCUCAAUACGUUCGAGACAACUAUAGAUCCAAUAGAUCCUAGGAAGCCUGCAGUCACCGAAGGAUGCAAGUCUGCAUUCUUGGUAGAAGACGAUUGGUUCUGGGAAAGUGGUUCAUUAAUAAAUAUGUCCUCCAUUAUGUCGCACGUUCCUGUGGUGUUGGAAUGGGGGAUUCUUGAUACAUCAUUCAACACACUUCCAAUAGCCAAGAAGACCGCAGCAGAGUACAAUUGUUAUGAUCAUAAUUAUAUUUCAGAUAGUAAGUACCAGACCUCUUAUACAUGUUAUUGCAAUAAGGGCUUUGACGGAAAUCCCUAUCUUGUUGGAGGAUGUCCAGGUAAAGUUUUUAAAGCUGUUGUCUAUUUUAUCUCUUUAUUCUUCCUCCUUCCUUUUCGUGUUAGAUACUAA